AGAUCCUGGGCUAUGCAGAUCACGUCUUCACUGGACUCUUCACCAUUGAGAUCAUUCUUAAGAUGACAGCCUAUGGAGCCUUCCUCCAUAAAGGUUCAUUCUGUAGAAAUUAUUUCAACAUUCUGGACUUAGUAGUGGUCAGCGUUUCUCUCAUCUCUUCUGGAAUACAGUCCAGUGCAAUUAAUGUUGUAAAGAUCCUGAGAGUCCUGCGAGUGCUGAGACCGCUGAGAGCCAUCAACAGAGCCAAAGGACUAAAGCAUGUCGUGCAGUGCGUUUUUGUGGCCAUCAGAACCAUCGGCAACAUCGUCAUCGUCACUACAUUGCUCCAGUUUAUGUUUGCCUGUAUUGGAGUGCAACUAUUCAAGGGCAAGUUCUUCUACUGUAGUGACAGCUCCAAACAGACUCAGGCAGAGUGCAGAGGUUCCUACAUCAUGUAUAAGGAUGGGGACGUGAGGAAACCAGAAAAAGCCCUGAGAAUCUGGGAAAACAGCGACUUCAACUUUGACGAUGUCCUGCAGGGAAUGAUGGCUUUGUUUGCCGUGUCUACAUUUGAGGGCUGGCCCGGGUUGCUGUACCGAGCCAUAGACUCUCACGCUGAAGAUGUCGGACCAAUCUACAACUACCGCGUGGUCAUUUCUAUCUUCUUCAUCAUCUACAUCAUUAUCAUCGCCUUUUUCAUGAUGAACAUCUUCGUCGGUUUCGUCAUCGUCACAUUUCAGGAGCAAGGAGAGCAGGAGUAUAAGAACUGUGAGCUGGACAAGAACCAGCGUCAGUGUGUGGAAUACGCCCUGAAGGCUCGACCUCUGCGUCGUUACAUCCCCAAGAACCCUUACCAGUACAAGGUGUGGUAUGUGGUCAACUCUACCUACUUCGAGUACCUGAUGUUCACUCUCAUCCUCCUCAACACCAUCUGUCUGGCCAUGCAGCACCAUGGACAGACCAAAAAUUUCAAUGAUGCAAUGAACAUCCUCAACAUGCUCUUCACAGGACUGUUCACAGUAGAGAUGAUCCUAAAAUUAAUCGCCUUCAAGCCCAGGCAUUAUUUUGUUGAUGCAUGGAACACAUUUGAUGCCUUGAUAGUUGUGGGUAGCAUUGUUGACAUAGCGAUCACUGAGGUUAACCCAGCUGACUCGUCCUCGUCCUCCUCCUCCUCUUCGUCCUCCUCUUCCUCUUCUUCCUCCUCUCACCCCCAUGUGGUAAGGCCAAUGGGACUUCAGAAUUCUGAAGAGAACGCCAGGAUCUCCAUCACCUUCUUCCGGCUGUUCCGCGUGAUGAGGCUGGUGAAGCUGCUAUCUCGCGGGGAAGGGAUUCGGACCCUGCUGUGGACCUUCAUCAAAUCUUUCCAAGCUCUGCCUUAUGUAGCUCUGCUAAUAGUGAUGCUCUUCUUCAUAUACGCCGUCAUUGGCAUGCAGAUGUUUGGUAAGAUAGCGCUGCGGGACCACACGCAAAUCAACAGGAACAACAAUUUCCAGACGUUCCCUCAGGCAGUGCUGCUGCUCUUCAGAUGUGCAACUGGUGAGGCGUGGCAAGAGAUCAUGCUGGCGUGUUCGCCCAAUCACCCAUGCGAGAAAGGGUCAACCAAUGAAAACAGCACAACCCAUGACGAUUGUGGCAGCCAGUUUGCCAUCAUUUACUUUGUCAGCUUCUACAUGCUGUGUGCCUUUCUGAUCAUCAACCUUUUUGUGGCUGUAAUAAUGGACAACUUUGACUAUCUGACACGUGACUGGUCAAUUUUGGGGCCUCAUCAUCUUGAUGAGUUUAAGAGAAUCUGGGCCGAAUACGACCCAGAGGCCAAGGGGAGGAUAAAACACCUUGACGUGGUCACCUUGCUCCGGAGAAUUCAGCCUCCCCUCGGUUUUGGAAAGCUCUGUCCACACCGCGUGGCGUGCAAGCGCCUGGUGUCGAUGAACAUGCCUCUGAACAGUGAUGGAACGGUUAUGUUCAAUGCCACACUGUUUGCUUUGGUCAGAACUGCACUCAGGAUCAAGACAGAAGGUAAUCUGGAGCAGGCUAACGAGGAGCUAAGAGCAAUUGUGAAAAAGAUCUGGAAGAGAACUAGCAUGAAGCUGUUGGAUCAAGUAGUGCCCCCUGCUGGCGAUGAUGAAGUAACAGUUGGAAAGUUCUACGCCACCUUCCUCAUCCAAGAAUAUUUCCGCAAGUUUAAGAAGAGAAAAGAACAAGGCCUGGUGGCCAAGGUGCCUCCCAAAACUGCCCUUUCUCUGCAGGCGGGCCUGCGGACGCUUCAUGACAUCGGUCCAGAGAUCAGAAGGGCCAUCUCUGGAGACUUGAACGUGGAGGAGGAGAUAGAUAAAGGCAUGAAGGAAUCUGUGUCAGCUGCAUCUGAGGACGAUAUCUUCAGGGUAAAGCGAACGGGUGGUUUGUUCGGCAACCACGUCAACUACUACAACCAGACAGACGGCCGUGGGUCCUUUCCACAGUCCUUCACCACUCAACGUCCCUUGCACAUAAGUCAGAAAGGGUCUCCAUGCGAAGGGGAAAGCCCGUCACACGAGAAGCUGAUGGACUCGACCACGUUCACCCCUUCAUCGUACUCCUCAUCAGGUUCAAACGCCAACAUCAACAACGCCAACAACACUGGAAUGACCGGAGUGACGACCCAGGGCGUCAGUCGCUUCCCAAGCCCGUCCAUAAGCACGGUGGAUGGGCACACAGGCCAGCCCCUCACACCCAUCCUACUACCUAGAUCAGCGUGGUGUUUCCCUCCAAAAAGGAUGUUUUAUGACACCCUCAUGCGCUCGGACUCGAGUGACAGUCGUCUGCCAAUCAUCCAGAGAGGGGAGGGGUCAACAGAGGAGACGUACGAUGAGAGUUAUGGUGACGACAGGGAGUACCAGGACGAUGAGCACUCACUUUCUUCUGACAUGUUGGUGUAUCAUGACGAAACAUGUAAACAGCUCACUCCUAUGGAGGAAGCAGAAGAAGUAGAGGAGCAAAAAGGAGGAGGAGGGUGGCAGUCUCCACGAAGAGUCUUCCUCUGUCCAACUACCCUGGCACGGAGAUCUUCCUUCCACCUGGAGUGUCUCCGGAGGCAGACAAGGCCAGAUGUCUCGCAGAAGACUGCUGUACCUUUACAUCUUGUACAUCACCAGGCUCUUGCAGUGGCAGGUUUGAGUCCCCUUUUGAGAAGGAGUCACUCACCUACCCUCUUCAGCCGACUUUGUUCCACGCCUGCAGCAAACCCCACAGACCAAUGCAGUGAUGCCUCCCAGCAGCGAGUUCCUUCUCUAAGACUAGAGGGCUCCAACUCUCAUGAAAAGCUCAAUACCAGUCUGCCUUCUGUAAAUUGUGGGCCCUGGUACAACGACAGUAAUGGGAAUAGCCCAGUGGACAGUCCUAGCCCUACGCCGGUGCCCAGUCAAAGGCCACCGCGGCCGGUGUCACUCACUGUACCAUCGCUUUCGGGGAAGGACCCCAGCUCGCUGUCUCAUGGCAGUGCAGGCAGUCUAGUGGAAGCGGUUCUUAUAUCAGAAGGUUUGGGUCAUUUUGCCCAGGACCCUUCAUUCAUUGAGGCAACCAAAGCAGAGUUAGCUGAUGCCUGCGACAUGACCAUUGAGGAGAUGGAGCACGCAGCCAGCAACAUUCUCAAUGGCAACACUGCCACAAACCCCACAUCAAGCACCUCUUCCACCUCUCAGCACAGCCCUAAUGGCAGCCUCCCCUGCCACAAUGCAGCAGCAGCUGCAACGCACAGGGACCGAAUCACCGGCCUGAGUCCAGGCGACGCGGAGGCAGAGGCCGGAGGGGGCAGGGGCUACAUCCACGGUCCAUCCUCUAUAGAGGAGCGACAGGAACUGCUAUCUAGAGUGGGAGGGCGAGAAGAGGAGGAGGAAGAGGCAAAUGUGAGGGAAGAGAGGCCCCACAGAAGUUCAGCUGUGGUGGCAGGAGCACGGCAGAAGAACAGCAGGCUUUUGGAGGAUGAGGAUUUGGAGUGCGUGACGAGCUUGUAGGUGCCGCCUUGGCAGCUUUGAUCAGCAAACUGGCCCGUCAGAGGCUGAGGUUUGUCAGUGCUGGCGAACAGUGCGGCGGCUGGUUGGCUCACUCUGUCACUCUGGACAAUGGCGGCCAGCGAUGCACCUUUAACACAACAAGACUUUGUCGGGUUUAAUUGAGUUAGUAUGUGUGUCUGCAGUAAAGUAUAUCAGACUAUAUACUAUCUGAGUGUGUGCUUCUGUGUGUCUGUGUGUGUGUUUUUCUCUAUUUGUACUCGUAUGUGUGUGUUCACCACACGUGUCAGAGUGUGGCUCUAAAGUGCCUCACAGUUUUAUCAUGUCCUCAACCUGGGAUGAGCAGGAAAAUGGAGAUAAGCAAAAAAAAAAGACAAAGGACAGACUGAAUGGAAGAAAGAUCAAACAAAGAAGCAGGAAGUCCUUUUAUGGACAGUACCGUUAAUGUUUUCAUUUCUUAUGCCUAAUUUGGUAGUGUGUUAUUGUUGUCUGACUGGCCGCCAUGACGCCAGGUAGAGGACACGAGACCAGCUCAUGGAGGGUCUCUUGAAGAUUACCAUCUGACCACAGCCCCUCCUGUGGUCAAAGGUCAACUCGUUCUUCGUUCAACGAUGAAUAAGCGCUGUAUUGUGUAAAACGGGGACAAGAAUGCCCCGUUUAAAUCCCGUUUCCUCCUCUUCCAAAGCUACGGGAACCUGGAGCACAGUCCUGCCAGCCCGAGAGUGGAUUUAGGGGGACACGCUGCCCCCCAGCCAGGUGUGGGAGGGAGGAUUGGAGGAAUGAUUUAGCAGCCACAACAGGGCUGUAACAGGAAGGGGGGAAACUUCCUGGCCAACAGGGAGAUGGCUGGCUCUUUUUUUCUCUCAGCUGGUUUUCUCAGCUGGACUCCAGCAUGAGACCAACUCACCUCGACAUAGCUCCACCACAUCCACCCUUUCCUUGUUUGGCUCCACCAAACAGGAAACUAGAGGAGCAACUGGUGGCUAAGCAGAGACAGAAAGUACCCUUCAGCCCCCUUCUCUGCCUCAUACCUCACUGUUCCUCACUCCUUUCUCUAUCCUAUCCUUCCUCCCUCUCCUUUGCUAUCUUACAACCACUCACCCCUUAUAGCUGGAUUUUUGUGCUUUUUUCAGCACUUGAGGAGGCGAAUGUUUGUCAUGCAGGGCUACCCAGAUGGUAAAGUGGAGGGAAGAAUGGGAGUGACCAAUUGAAAGGAAGAAAUAAAAAGAACACUCUGGUCAAGGGGGUGGGGGUGUUCCGCAGCAGAAAUGCCGUCAAUCAACCUCACUUCCUUCUCUGGGGCACCUCCUCUUCCUGUCAGCUUGGAAUCCUGUCGGAUUUGCUGCCACACACUCUUUCUACAGACCGUGCCCACUAUGUAUUUAACAGUUCAAUAUUGUGCAAAACUGGCUAGCCAUGACAAUAUUUUGUUUUAUAUUCAUGACGUUAUUGUUUUAAUUUAUCUUUGAUUUGUUUGCACAAUCGGGGUGCUGGUCUUAUAAAUGUAUUUUUGCUCGGUUUAUUUUUAGGAAAAAAAUUUUUAGAGGUUUUAAGUAUCGAAGCAGGGCGUAGUGUGUGCGGGUGAGUGUACCUAUAAAUGUCUGUGCAUAUGCGAGUCUGCAUUUUAGUACAACUUAUGAGUGUGUGAGAUGGAGUGUGUGUGUGUGCGCGUGUGUGUGGGAGGGUCUUUCUCUCUAUCUGUAUGCACCUUUUACAGAUUCUAUUUAUUUAUUUAUUUUUUCCAGAAGAGAAAAUCUGUGGGAAUGUGUGCGUGUUUUCUUGUGUACUAUAAAAAGCUGAUUUUAAGCCUAUACAGUAAAUUAAGGUAGCAUUACAAGUAUGUUAUGUGUGUGAGAGGGUGUGUCUUUGUAGUAAUGGGCCUCCUUAACACAGGGUUAACGUGGACAGGCAUACUUCCAAAGCUUUGUGGUUACGUUAGCACGGUUUUUACUUUUCUUAGCCAAGAGGCCGAGAGAAAAGUGUCAUUUUUGAACUCUAGUCAUUGCAUAGCUUUUCUUUACUCCCCCAUUUGGAUAUAGGCUGGGGUGAGGUCUGUGGUCAGAUAAAACUGCUGAUCAGGAAGUGUAUAGUAUUUGGCCAGAGGUCACGGAGCCUUUCACAUAGGGAUGUCUUAAUCCGAAGUAUUUGCCUCCAGUAAACAAUUCAAACAAUACAAGAGUAUUGGCAUUUUGUCAAUACAGAAUGAAAGUUCAAAAGUUCAUCAAGAUUGAUGCCAUGUAUGUGCCUGAAAACCAAUAUAAAUAUUUUCAAAUUGGCACUUUAUUAUAAUCGUCAUGAAUAAAUCAUUAAUUAACUAUGAUAAAUCGCCUUUUUAAGUGCUAUUUUCCCAGCACAAUUACAUUUAAAAAACCCUUAAAUGGAACCUGUCCAAUGACACAAAGUAGGUUAUAAAACAUGUCCAGGUCUAAAAAAAAAAAAAAAAUUUUCAAGAACGGAAGAGAAACAAAGUCGGUGACAUCUCAAUACAGCCUAAAGAGGGUUACGGUAAUUUCCCGACUCCAGCAAACCACCGGGGGCCACAUAAUCCACUAACACAGAAAACACACAACAGUGAUAAAUUUUCCCAGGAGUGGCAAAAGAAAUUAUCAUUUGAAAACUGCAUUUUGUAUUCACUCAGGUAAUCUUUUUUACUGAUAUUAAAAAGUCUUUGGUUAUCUGAAAUAUUUAGGUUUGGCAAAUAGCCAAAAGCAGAAUAAAUCUCAAAGAAAACAAAUACUUGUCAAAACCCUUUCUUGUAUCGUUUUGAAAACGGGAGAAAUCCAUUAUCGAUUAUUAAUUCACCUAUGAUUCAGUAUUUUAGGGGACGUGUGGCAACUUUAUACACUUUACCAAUAACACUCUGGACAUAACGUUAGAUUUUUUUCUCACUAAAGGAGUUUCUGCAGGACCAUGCUAUGUUUAACAUAUAUCUGACUUGGCACAUGUAGAUAGCCUUCAAUAAGCUCACAUGUUGCUAACGCUUACGUUUUCAUGCAGAGUAGUUUGCUGUAGUGCUAAGCAAAUGCCAGCAGGUUUACUCUGUUUUGUUAAAAGUUGUUUAUAAAGUGGCUUGUUGGAUAUUCCAGUGUGGUUCCAGCUCAUCAUCUUUGAACAUAACUUGCACGAGAAGUUGUUCCUUGGCUUAGGGCACCUAAAAUCUGCCACUAUUUGUGGUCUCAGGAGUUGAGUUCAGUGUUCAGACUCGGGACAUCCCUAAUUACUACAGUUGCAUUUCUCCUUAUUCAUAAGGACAGAAAAGUUUAAAUUUAUACUGCCACAGUGACACAUCCAUGAAUACCUAGGGCUGUUGUCCAGUUGCUGCAAGACUUAAUAAAACCUCUUUGAGACUCCGAUCACAAAAAUAUUUUAUUCCCAACACACAAUCGAGAAACAUGGAUUUUCAGAGUGAUUUCAUUCACUGGUUACAUUGGUUGCUGGAUAAAUUGUAAUACAAGCUAGAGCCAUUUAUCAUGUAUGAUUAUGCAUCAGGAAAAAUAAUUAGGUCGCCUUGAAGGGAGUAUGGCUUUAAAAAAAUUUUUUGUCUCCAACUAAAUAGCAGGUUAAUUUUUUUAUAUAAUAAAUUCACAUGUAUUACUUAAUUAUAAAGUGGAUCUACUCGAGACAAGGUCAUAGCAUGUUUGGAUCUGAGAUGCAGCUUUUUGAGGAACUUUUGAGGAUUUUUUUAAACAAACAAUUUAGAUAAGAAUCUAAAUAAAGCAAAGAAAACUCAGUAAAAUUGCUAAAACUUAACUCAGAUGUAAAUACAUCAAAAUAUUUGAUUGAAACAGCUAAAGCUGAACCAAAGUCGUAUAUAUUUUUAAGCCAUUACUGACAAGAGUAAUUUUAACUAAACUCCAACAUGUUGGAAAAGCUUUUGUCAUCCGACGUCCCAUUUUUAUAAAUAAAAGUGAAAUAAAUUACAGCUCACACAAAAACACCAACAUACAUCAACAUAUGCCCAAAAGAUUUUUUUUUCCUUGGAUUUCCCAUCACUGUCGUGCUCUACAUGUGAAACAGAGCAGGUUUGUGGCAGCGGAGAGUAUGCAUAAACACACUGCCAUACACUGCAUCCUGUGCCAGUAACAGACUUCUGUCAUUAUUAUGCAAUCUAAAUGUGAAUGUUGAGUGGGUUUAUAGCUGCAGUGCUGUUACCGUCUUGUGUUUCUGACAAUAUCCUGAAGUUUGGGUCCUCACCUUCCCAAACUUCCACAGGAGCCUGUGGCUUCCUUAAGACCACCUUGGCAUUUCUUACAGUUUAUCUGAACUUGUCUGGAAACCCAAACUGAAAGUUCAUUUCUUGGCCAUUUGCUCAUUUACGUUUUAAGCUGUUUCAACUGAAUGUCUAAGGUGGAGAGAUAUGGUCUGCUUGAAUCCUGAGCAGCAUUUAAAUUCAGAUAAUAAGCACUGUCUAUCAUUGUGUCUUGGUUUCUGUUUUUUUUUUUUUUUUCAUUUUAAUAGUUUGGAAGAUGCUACUCUUAAAUAUUUAUACUCAUCUACUGACAGAUAUGGGGACUGUCUCAAUGACAGAUGUUAUAUAUAUACUGUAAUUUAUUUAUGGUGAAAAAUGUUCACUUCUUUUAUCCUGACAUAUGCACAAAGCAGUCUGCGCAUAUCAGAAGUGCCCCAACCAGGCUUGCUUUGUGUUUUUCUUUUGCCGGUGUGAGAGAUUCAGAGCCUUGUGGCGUCCCCCUGUGAAGUCAAGCAGCAUUGCCGUUAGCAUGACCGUUGAGGUGUUGUGUUGCAGUGUAAUGAUAUAAGCAGGUGGGAACCUGCAAUCCACAAGAUAUGCAAAAACAAUGCAAUAACUAUGACUGUGUACAAAGUUCCUGAAGUAAACAUGUGUGAAAGUCUACAAAAAAAGGAAAAUCUGCUUCAAGAUGUGUCAUUUUCUCAUUAACUCAGUGGUUUCCACAAAACAAAAAACCUAAAAUACUUGAAAUCAGGUACAUUACAGUGCAGUAUACUUAAGUUGUAUUUAUGUCUUUUGUCGCACUAGAGUUUUGGUUGAAUCUGACCUGCAAACAGUGUUUUUUCUUGCUGCUGAAUAACAAUCUAGUUACAGCCGAGUCACAGUGGAAAAAAAAAAUAUUCUUUGUUUUUCGAUAAGCAGGAAAACGCAGCUCGCUUCAUGUUCCUGUCUCGACCCCUUUGUGGAUUUGUUUUGCUUUUUAGGUGCAUUUCUGAACGAGUUAUACUAUUUUCCUCAGAUUCAUCGGCAUCAAAUGAAGUCUGCAUGUUUAGUUGUUUCAUACUCAUUACGUAUCAUAUCACCUUGACAAACAGUAGCGUUUUCUACCUAUAGUGCACAUUACAACAUUGGACUUGUGGCAGAGAGAUAUCUGGAAGAUGAUUUUGCAUAUCUUGUGUUUUAUGGGCUUGUUUUGUACUUUCUGAUACCCUGAGCUACCGAAAGAUGUGAAAACAUUAGUACGCAGAAUACAUUAUUAGCUCCCAGGCCUAAACAGGCGUUUCUAACACGAGUUUUAUUUUGCUUGUCAUUACUAAUUUGCUCUGCAGACCUAUAGAAGAUGAGCCAGUGGCAACUAUUUCUGUUAAAAAGGACCAAAAAGUUCAUAUUUUCUUCAUAAAAGUAUGUUUUACCAGUCCAACGGUAAUUAUGUGAAGUGGUGAAUAUGACAAAUCUGCACGAUUACUACACAUAUUAAUCAAAAGCAUUGUAAUUUGUUUCUGGUUUUUGUGCUAGUUCCAUCCACCAAAUGGAAACUGUGGAUCCGUUACAUCACUAAACCCGUUCCUACUCCUGCGUUUCACGAAUCCCUGCUGUCUUUAUGUACGUUUGGAGUAACAGUGGGUCAGACUGAUUCACUCACUCCAUGCUUUGAUGAAAAUUACUCCCUCUGCAGGUCAAAGUGAAAUAAUAUACUGAAGUGAAAGCAAAGAUUGAUAAAUGCUUGAUUUUCUCCCUACCCCACUUUUGGCAGAAUGAUGACAAUCUGGCGACUGAUGACAAUGGGAAGGCUAUUUUGGAAAGUAUUUGAGGGAAUGAUAUUGGGAACUUUUUGGGUGGCUUAAGUUCUUACAUGGUGGAUUAUAUAUUAAAAUAACGUUCACAUGCAUGAGGCUCUCUCUCUUUAGAGGUAUAAAGUAUUGGUCCUAUAUAGCGGAUUAUACCUUUUUUCUCACCACUAGCUAAAGAUUGUAUAUUUUUAUAUACUAUAUAUAGCAAAAAUGUAUACAAAUAUAAAUAUUUAAUCACAAGAAUGUCAAGAUAAGGAGCGGGAAGGGGACCUAUAUGAGAAUGUAUUUGGACUGGAUGUCUUAUUUGGGCCUAAUGAUAGGUGGCACUCCCAAUGCGUUGACUGUGUUUUUAGCCAAAAGUAAAACCUGAAAUAAUAUGGUUUUCUGAAGAAAAACAUAACAUCGUUCCUUGUUGCACAUGAUAAGCUUGCAAAGAGAAACAAAACUGUUCGCAACAUUUCUGGAAAUUUUGAAAACAUUGCUGAUUGGAAGGUUUUCAUAGGAAUUGAUGCUAAUAAACAGGAAAUUAGGGACACAAGUAAAAAUAUUUUUCCUGGUAGACAUACUUAAACAAUAAUAUCCUGCCUUAGAUUUAUACAAAAAUACAAUCAAAAUUUUAAGUAGUACAAGGAAUCAAAUGUAUGGCUUUAAUCUUCUAGUGCUCUGGAGUCAAACAUGUGACCUUAAUUCAGUUCAAUCAUCCAUAAUGGUCCAGGGUUUUUCCCAACCUAAUUUUCUUGUUAAAAGGCAAACAUUGUAGUUUAAACUUUACGUUCACUCCUACAAAUUCAUGUUAAUUUCCAUGGAGAGUUUCCAACUUUGAAAAUUCCUGAAAUUUUGCAACUACAGUACUUUUGUGCAACUUGUAUACAAAGUAAUCUGAGGAUGUUGGUAACCAUUUGAAUCAUUCUGCUGCAUUUCGGAUUUUCCAGUCCCACAAGUACAGCAAAAUGUUGGGUUGGAAAAAGACUAAGUAAAAACAGUGGAGGUCUGAUCACCAUUAAUGUUUCAACUUCAGUAAAAAAAAAAAAAGAAAAAGAAAAAGUAGGAUGUUAAACAGAUGUUAAACAUCACGGCAUUUCUGCAAGACACAUGACAAAUGUUGGUCUAUUUUAAUCCGCAGACAGACCUGAAAUCUAACAUGCUUUUGCUUGCGUUUGUCUUCGACACGUCAACCUACCAGCAGCCUGUCAACACAGGUCAAGGUCUGCUCAUAAACCCCAACUGUAGCACUGAGAGACGCGUCUCUCUGGAAGUAGUCCUACAUCAGCAAAACACGCAUUAUCCUAGCAACAAACCAAAAAAGAAAAAGAAAAAAAAUCAACCUCUAAAGGACUAGAUUUCCAUAUAUUGUGAAUAAUCAUAAUUGUGUAGCUUCUAUGCUUAUCUUCCAGGAUGAAUUUGGAGGACUUGAACUACAUCUGUAUAGAUUUUUAUCUGCAUUUUCUGCAGGCUAGAACGCAACAUACAUGUAGGUUCGCGUCUGGCUAGUUGAUUUCAGCUUCACGCCGAUACGAUGCUCCUGCUGCUUUUUACACUGCAGGUUCCAGAUGUAGAAUCAGAACAAAUUGUGUUAUGUUAAAGGUUUUAAAAGAACAUUUCAUGUUUUUAAAGAACAUGUUGGGUUGAUCCUAAGAAUGAAGUUUGAGCAGAUUUUCUUUUUGGCUAAGGUGAUCUGAAUGUAGUUAUGUUUCUGUGACAGAAAAGAUGCGAUGAGGGUUUGAAUGAUGACAGAGGGAAGCUGCUGCAAAUUAUUUUAAACCACAUACAAUAUUAAAGUAUUAUGAGUUUUCCAUUUUUGCAAGCAUGAGGCUGGGAGAGAAUUUUCCUCACGUUUCCUUAAUGUGGAUCUACCAUUGUUGCAACUGAAGUGCUUUAUAUUUUUCUUGUAAAUCACAGUCUUUGUUGUUCAUGGAAAAAUCAUGACAAAAUAUUUUAAGAUUGCUAUUUUGAAUAGAGAUUAUUAUCUUUUCUAGGUGAAGUUAGCAUAGUCUGUUGAUGGAAAAAAAUCUAAUUAAAAACACUGAUUCUUCUGUUUUUGGAGGCCAUAAAGAAACAUCUCUGUGUUUGCUAUACAGAUAUUAUUUUGAUUAUAUUGAUAAAGCAGACAGAAAGAGGGCAGAAAGUAAAAGAUGGGAUAUAUUAAUAUAUUUAAGUGAUUUCAAUGAAACUGAUGUAUUUUAGAUAUUAAAAUUAUAGAAGGAUAUCAAAAUUACAAAAUGUAAACUGACAGCUUGAUGCAGUAUGUUGCAUUCUGUUGUAUGAUUUUGAUGUUUAAAUAAUAAUAAUAAAACAAAAAAGAAAAAAAAAACAUCAGAUUUUCAGUUCCCAUGUUGUGAGAGUUUUGGAAUUGUGCAGAUGCUGGCUUUUUUCUAUUUUUGACCUAGAGGGCAGCAGUGUUCCUGGUUUUAUCAUCAACAAGAUGCUUCCAUUAAAUUGACACGAGUUUACUUUUUGCAAAGAUUUCUUAUCGUUGUUGCUUGUGCAAAAAAAAAAAAAAAAAAAAAAAAAGGAAUCUUAAUUAUGUGUUUAUU